CGCUGAUAGAAAAAUACGCAAAACAUAAACAGUGCGAGUUUAGAAAAGUUUGUAUUCUACUAGUUAAAACACUGAAGAUAUAAAACAAAUCAACAUCCACGCGACCAAUGAAGCUGAAUGAAAACCUCAAAAUUAUCGGGACAAACGUUAUACUUGUACCCUACGAGAGCAAACAUGUGCCAAAAUAUCACCGCUGGAUGCAAGACGACGAACUACGGGAACUGACCGCAUCCGAACCGCUGUCGCUGGAGGAGGAAUACAACAUGCAAAAAAGCUGGCGAGAAGACGAGGACAAAUGCACCUUCCUCAUACUCGACCGGGAAAGUUUCGAACAAUCGGGCGACGAAAUAGAGGCCCUCAUCGGAGACACGAACAUAUUCCUGGGACACUCCGACAGCGACCAGUUGGUGGGUGAAAUUGAAAUCAUGAUCGCGGAACCCCCAGCCCGUCGGAAACGCUGCGGAUGGGAAGCGACACUGCUGAUGCUACUGUUUGGCGCGAAGCGACUAAAGUUGCAAGAAUUUCGGGCCAUUACGAAGGACACCAAUCGGCCGGCGAUGCAGAUGUUUGAGCGCAUGAAGUUUCACGAAAUCUCUCGCGCACCCGUUUUCCGGGAGGUCACCUUCGCCCGGCCAGUAGACGACGAAUGGAUGGCGUGGUUGGCGCGCGAACUGACCACGUGUUGUAUCGUUCCCUAUCACGAGCUUUGAGAGAGAGACGACAGUAAAAGAGAUGAUAAAGUUGACAGUUUGCUUGUUUGUUCAGUUUAUUUUUUGGCUACUUUUAGUGCAAUCGUAACCCCGCGUGCGCUUCGUAUUUGGCGUCUAACGCACGCCUGUACACACGAAACACACUCCUAAAUUAGCUAUUUUUGGCAGAUUUAUGUAGUAUUCAUUAGUUCCGUUUCUGGUGGUCUUUGUGACUCGUUUUCCUUCGACCUUCCUUCCGAAUUACAUACCGUACAGUUAGUUAGGCGCUCUAUUAGGCACCUAGAGCACACACUUCCGCCUAGUAGAGCUCCCCAUUUUUAUUUAACCUACCUGUAAUGGAAAAAUAUGCACGAACACGUACAAGAUUUGCACGCGUAUCACCGUUUGGGCAGUAUCCGUUUCAUUGUUGCAUUUCGCUCACGAUCACUCGCGAUCACGACCUCCUUUGCGCGGGGCGCUUGCGUGCGCCUAGUUUCUUCUGUUUUACUAUGUAUUGUUACAGUGAGCUUCGUUGCUCGAAUUCAGUUAACGUGCCCCCGCUGGGAGGUACGCAGAUUGUACAUAGUCAUAGGAACAACAAAUUGUGUUCGAUGCAUUAAUAUCGACGGCCUGCAUUGAGCAAAAAGAUAUCAGUAUAACUGUCCCGUGCGACCGUUGGUCGUUGGUCGGGUUACACGUUUUUUUAACUGUGUCCUUCUGCGAUAAGAAGCUUGGGCAAAUAGUUGCGCUAGAGCUUCCGUUGUUCAUUUUUGCCUAUCUAAGAUGCUUACAAUGGUUUUGAGUGAUUUUUCACACAUGUAACUACGCUUGGAUUAGAUGUCUUCAUCAUUUGUGUCCGUUCGUGCCCGUAACCCUUUGCUACGCUUGAUUCGAUUACAGCAUUCGUGUGUCAAUAAUCUGCACCACUUGGUUUGUACCAUUUGGUUCGAGAUACGUCAUUGAUUUUGUGCCUCAAAUUCGCAGCGGGUCCGGGCACGAAACAUAUAUUCGCGAUCGCGUGCAGAUAUUGUGUGAAUGUAAA